GAAAAGCAAGCACCGAUCAAGCAUGUCCUUCUUCCAACAGAGCAUCCUAACAAGCCCGGGCUCCAAAUUCGACGAAAGGCUAUGGGUAGCCAAAAUCCGAAAAACCCUAGACGAAGAGCUGGAAGAAGAAAACGAAAUCCCAGUCACAAUCUUCGGUGUUCCAAAAGCCCUCAUGGCCUCCGAUCCCGAUUCCUACACUCCUCACCUCGUGGCCAUCGGGCCGUACCACCACCUCCGCCUCGAGCUCUACGACAUGGAGCGCUACAAGGUCGCCGCCGCCAAGCGCAUCCAGCGAGAGCUCCACGGCGACAUCAAGCUCCAAUCCCUCGUCGACCUAAUUAUGAACCACGACCUCCGCAUCCGCGCCUCCUACCACCGCCCCGUCCCCUUCGGCCCCGAGGCCCUCGCCUGGAUCAUGGCCGUCGACGUCUGCUUCGUCUUCGAGUUCCUCCGCGUUAAAAAGCAGGGGAAGAAGAAGAUCCUCUCCAAGAUCCCCUCCGGCCUCUGCCACCUCAUCGACUCGUCGGGGAAGAAGACCUCGCAUAACUCCAUACUCAGAGACCUUCUAAUGCUCGAGAAUCAGAUCCCGUUGUUCGUCAUGAGCAUGCUGUUUGAGCUCCAUUUCUCUUCCGAGGAAAUCGCCGCUCAGAAGCUGCUGGCGGUUUUGACGUCGGCGAGCAACGAUCUGUCGCCGUUCAAGGCGGCGGAGAAGACGGAGCCGGUGGCGGUGAGCGAGCACGCGCACUUGCUUGACUUUCUGUACCAUUUUAUCGUGCCAAAAGUCGUUAUAUCGUUCCCGACGUGUCACGAGAUUGAAUUUCUCCCCGGUGGAGACGACGAGGAGGAGACGGAGGGGCUCACGGCGGCAGAGGCGUUCGCGAAGCCGACUCACCUGCGGAGGCUGGUUGACAUGGGAUGGGCGAUGCUGUCGAAGCUUAAAUUCACCAAACCCUUGAAAUUGGUGGUGAAGCUUCCAUGGACGAUUCUCACCAAAAUACCGAUUCUCAAAACAAUCAAAGAGCCUGUGGAGAAAGUACUCCAGACCGCGAAAAUCGAGAAAAAGAAAGAAGAAGACGACGAAGAAGAAUCAAUCGGAGAGGAUAAGCCUCCGUUGCAGGAGGAAAUCGCGAUCCCCUCCGUGACUCAGCUGGCGGAGGCCGGGGUCCAGUUCGCGGCGACGAACGAGGGGAUCUCUGGCGUCAGAUUCGACAGCAAAACCCCAACGUUCCACGUCCCGGUGAUCAGCCUGGACGUGAACUCGGAGGUGGUGCUGAGGAAUCUGGUGGCGUACGAGGCUUGUAGCGCGUCAGGACCAUUGGUCCUGGCGCGGUACGUGGAGCUGAUGAACGGGAUCAUCAACACGGAGGCGGACGCGAAGUUCCUCUGCGGGAGGGGGAUCAUCGUGAACCACUUAAAGAGUGAUAAGGAGGUGGCGGAUUUGUGGAAUGGGAUGAGCAAGUCGGUGAGAUUGACGAAAGUGCCCUCGCUGGAUGCGGUGAUCGCGGAUGUGAAUAGGUUUUACAGCCAGAGGUGGAAGGUUAGAAUGGGGAAGUUGAUGAGGGAGUAUGUGUUUGGGUCGUGGAAGAUUCUGACGUUUGUGGCGGCGAUAGCGAUGCUGAUUCUCAUGAUUUUGCAGGCGUUUUGCCAGGUUUAUUCAUGCAGUCGAAUUCUUCCCAUUGAAGCGCUCGAGCCCCUCGAGCCAAAUGGUAAUAACUAGCUAGGAAAAUUGGUAGGGUUUCUAUUUUUUCAUUAUAGAGAAGAAGAUUGAUAUAUAUAUAUAUAUAUAUGGUUGUGAUUAAUUGAGA